AUGCAGUCUGAAGUUGAAAAGGCCAUUGAUACGUACAAUCGCCGUCUAACCAUAUCCAAACAGCAGCUAUCUUUGGUAGAAGAAGAAUCUACGCAGGAUCUAGAAAGUGUUCCUUCACAGCAUAUGUCUAGUUUAUCUCCAGAAAUUUCUCUUGAGGACAAAAUUGCCAAAUUAGAGUAUGGUGACAAUUUGACUAACAGAAACUCUUAUGCUGUAGAUUUUAAAGGCGAUGAUUACCAUAAAAUCACUCAGAGCUAUAUUUGCGAAUCGAGAACUUACACCAGCUUCUACGAUGAUUUUCGUACAAAUCCUAUUGAUGGACAUACAACCAAAUUAUCUAGUACAGUGGUUCAUACUGAUUCCUCGUCGAAAGACUCUGGGUAUCCCGACAGUGGACCGAAUGAAGAUAGAUUUUACAUCCAGAACUAUUCGCUGCCAAACACGUCGAUGCUAAAGAAGUCUAACUCGCAUGAUAAAGUGGAAGAGCAGCCCAAGAGCUUAGACAGUAUCUCGACCAAUAGCAAUGAUAAAGUGUACCACAAAAGUUAUCUAGCUGAUAAAAAGAGUCAAUGGGCUGAGCCAAUGAACCACAGUCGCUUGCUGUACAAAGACUUCUUCUUGCAGAAGGAGGGCCACAUAGCUAUGGCUCCACAAAACUCUCCCAGCAAGACUGAGUUCAUACCUGGUAGUAGCGAAGGAACAGACGAGCUCAAAUCAGACAAUACUGAUAAUAACUUAGAUUACCCACCGUAUCUUAUUAACAGUACUACGAAAGCAUACACCUCAAAAGUUAUAGAAGACUAUAAAAAAGAGCUAGAAGCUAUAAACAACCUGCACGACCUCACCCUCAAAGAUAUUCAGUCUGAUGCCAUAUCUCCCACUCCCUUUAACAUAGACAAAAUGUUCGAAGACGCAUCCAACUUUGAUGAUAAGAUGGACAACAGUGAAAAUUCCCAAGAAAACACUUUGGUAGCACAGGCACCGGUUAAAACGAAAAAUUCCGUUGAUACUACACGAGACGUCUCCAAAAUUUCAACAAAGGAACUGAUUCAAAACUAUUUGAAAGUCAAAGAAGGCGAUUAUGGGAAUGGAUCUAAAAACUUGAAAAAACCUGAAAGGAAAAUAAAUAACGGCGGGUCAGGUGAAAGUUCAAUGGGAUUGAAACAAGAAUGGAAUAAUAAAAGUCCUAAGGGUGUUGGUAAAAAUCAAAUUCCGGUAAGUAUAAGGAACCAGACUCAAAAGAACAUGUUUACUAUACGUACUCCUAUGAGCGCUAGGAUAGAAAGCGUGCAACAUGAUAAAGAUAUUGAUUCGUGGAUGUCUCUCUCCGCUCCCUCACCCAGAAUCAUUGAAAUUGAAGAAAUUCCAAUGGAAGAUAAGCCAAAGCAACAAGAGCCUAUAAAGCUUGAGGAGAAAAUAGACACAGAAAGGCCAGCUCCGCCCCAACCUGAUGAGAAAUCUUCAAAAACGCCCAAAGAACUUAACAACCAGUCUACAGUGUUAGAUAUUUACUCGAUGUUGAAGGAAAUUGAGAGUUACGGCGAGAACCCUGUGGUAGAUGUUACUAAUAACGUUCUAUCUGAAACAGAUAGCAAGAAAGAAGAAGAUUUUUCACCAAAGGAUAACUUUAUGGAAAUAUUUGAGUUCCUGGAAAAGGUAGAACAGAGUGCCAACGAUGCUUUAUCUGUAGUUACCAAUACGACUCCUCAAAGUACCCCGAAACUAGAAACUCUACUCAAGCUGCCCCAGACAGAACUAGCGCAGAGAUUGGUGACAGCUUCACUGCAGCUGGAGGAACGAUCAUGCUGCAUUGCCCUAUUACAGGAAAGCCUUGCGAACCAUAAAGAACAGAUGAUAAACAAAGUGAGCAAUUUGGAGAAACAGUCUAAUCGUAACAUCAGUAAAGUGAAGCAAGAAUGCGAGAACACUAUCAAGAGGCAUCAGAACUUUAUUGACCAGUUGAUCAACGACAAGAAGACGCUGAAUCAUCGCAUAGAACAACUAGUCGAUGAGCGCCGAGCGCUAGAGGAGCGCUGGAAGCGAUCUGCACAAGCACUAGAGGAGCGAUACAAGCUGGAACUGCGUAACCAACACGACAAGAUGCAGGCUGCGCAACAGGAGCUAACAGUAAAAGGGCUGGAAGGAGAGCUGCGGGAGAUGGCAGAACGCCAGCAGAAGGAGAUCUCAGACCUUAAGAUGUCACACGCGGAGCAGAGUGGACGAAUGCAAGCCAAGCACGCACAAGACUUGGAGGACCUUAGAAGGUUGCUCGAAGAGGAAAAGGAAGCGGUUCUGGUUAAAGAGAGGCAUUUAGCUAGCUCUAGACUAGAGAAGCAGAUUCUAGAAAUCGAAUUAACUUACCAGGAGCAGCGUACUCGCUUAGUGUCGGAAAUGAGGGCCGAGAACGAGAGAGUGGCCGCUGAACUGGCAGCCAGGGAAAAGGCCCAGAGAGAGGAAUUAGAAAUGCAUCAACAACUAGAGAAAUACAAGAAGCAGUUGGAAGUGGAACAGCAGUUGCAUAUAAAGAGGAAGACGGCAGAGAUCUCCGCACAACACAAACACGAGAGGGACAGGGAGAUAGAGAGGGCCAUAGAGAGCAUGGAGGCUGAGGCACAGGCUGGGAGGAAGGAACUUCAAGAGGCGCUUAGGAGGAACAAGGAACAGUAUGAGGCUGAGCUGAAGGAGCUGGCAGAGACGGAGCAGGCCACGCUGCGGCGCUACCAGGACGCACAGGCCAGGAUCCGGCAAACUGAGGACAAAUUGAGCACCAAAACGCCAGCAAGCCAUUGUUCAUUGUUCAUUCUAGGUGCUGAAUUGGAAGUGACCAUCUCACAACUGGAGACUCGGAACAGGGUUUUGACUGAAAAGAACACCCAGCUUGAAACCCGAGCGGACGAGGUGCGCGCCCAGUGCGCGGAGUCCUGGCAGGGCAAGGUGGACGCUCUGCAGCGGGAGAUUGACGACAUGAAGAAGACGCACGAGGAACAGAUGCACCAGCUUUAUGCCAAGGUGAAAGUAGCAGUAGCGCGCAAGGACUCAGCAAUACAAGCCCUGACUCGCGAAGCUGGGAAAUACCAGGAGAAGAUCACUCUGUUAGAACAAAAAUUGCAACAGCAGAGGAAAGACUUUUUGCAGAAGAAAUGA